AUGACUGCGUCAACGAGUCUAAAGGUGCGCCUUCCUGCACUAGUGCUGGUGUUGGAGGUAGUCAUGCUGGUGCUCUAUGCAUUGUUUGUCACCUAUGAUGACAAUGCCAACGCUAAGCUGCAGAACAAUCAGACCAAUCCGAUGGAGAACUCAUUAUAUCGUGACUACCCAUAUUUCGCCGACGUGCAGGUGAUGAUCUUCGUAGGCUUUGGAUGCCUGCUGGCCUUUUUCCGCUUCUACGGCUUCAGUGGCAUGGUCUUCAACUUUCUCACAGCUACGUUUGCGAUCCAGUGGGCAAUUCUGGUUCAAGGUUUCUUCCAGUUUUACUAUGAUGGUAAAAUUCACCUGGGGGUGAUUAACCUGCUGAAUGCAGAGUUUGCCUGUGCUGUUGUGCUCAUCUCCUUUGGGGCUGUGAUCGGGAAGACCAGUCCUGUUCAACUGUUGGUCAUGGCUUUAUUCGAGAUUCCUUUUUUUUCUGUGACAGAGUGGGCUGUGCUGAAAUAUAUCAGGAUCAAUGAUGCCGGUGGCUCUAUUCUUAUUCACUUGUUUGCCUGCUACUUUGGUCUAGGAGUGACAUUUAUACUGUAUCGACCUCGCCUGAACGCUGGACAUGCCAAAGAGACCACUAGUUAUCAGUCAGACAUCCUGUCUGUUAUGGGAACCCUGUUCCUCUGGGUGUUCUGGCCUUCGUUCAACUCUGCUCUAACACUCAAAGGUGACGAUCAACAUCGCGCUAUACUCCACACUUUUAUCGGCCUAAGCUCAUCCACUUUGACCGCCUUUGCAUUGUCGGCAGUGUUCAACAAGAGAGGCAAGCUGACAAUGGCUGAUAUUCAAAAUGUGACUCUGGCAGGGGGUGUUACAGUUGGGGCUUCUGUGGACAUGAUGAUUUCACCUGUAGCUGCAUAUGCCCUCGGAAUCAUGGGCUGCACUGCCUGCUUUUUUGGCUACAGGUACCUGACCCCUUUUUUGGCCCAAAGAUUGAGAAUCCAGGACCAGUGUGGCAUUCACAAUCUUCAUGGGCUCACUGGCCUUAUAUCGUCCACAGCAGGGAUCUGCGCCAUCCUCAUGGCCACUGAAGACACCUACGGGCCUAGCAUGUAUCAGAUUUUUUCCCACCGGGCUCCACCUGUGGGAGAUCCAAAGCUGCUUGAGCUUCAGAAGCUGAUUCCCGGGCUGAAGCCAGGCCUUGGCCGCACAGCCCAGGAGCAAGCUCUCUACCAGGUCGCAGCUAUUUUCUCCACCAUCGCAGCCUCCAUAGCUGGUGGGAUGAUUACUGGACUGAUCAUGAAGCUGUCGUUCAUGGCAUCGCCAUCUGAUGAGGACUGCUUUGAUGAUGAGCUUUUCUUUGACACGCCUUGUGACUUUGACAGCACAGACGUGUUCAAGACCUCCGAAAACUGUGAUGAACAUGUAAAAAUGAGCUCAGUGAACUCCAAAGUCUAA